UAUAUACCACACUAUCUAGUCAGCGAUGCGCCGCAGCCUCUAGCUAUUUGUAAACAAUUAAAAGGAAAUCAACGACAGGAAAUCUUGCUCUCCCGCUGACACUGGGAUCAUUCUGCAGUUGUAUCCUUGGGGGGUGCGCGGCUGUUGCUUUGCUUGGUUUCAACACACACAGCCAAACGCAGAACCGGGAUCAUCUUACACUGCGAUUUAAUUUUUGGUGAUUUCGUAUUGUUGGCGUUUCAAGUGAACAUCUCCUCUACAUCAACGCGAAGAAGUUGAAGAUUUUGACUUUCCUAACUAGCGCGUUGCUGCGGCGAUUACAUUUUAAAUGCGCGGGGGUGUGGAUUGCGAUUUCUGAAGUCUUAGAAACUUACAGGAAGGAGGAACAGUGGUUGUUGUAACGGCAGGAUUUGUUUGUAAUUGCAUUAGGUUUUUGACUUUGUGUCAUCAUUGCCCUUGAAGAAAAAAAAGACGCAUUUAGUGUUUAUUUCAGCAGCGCAGGAGGAAUAAUUUAUUCAAUUUAGAUGCUGCAUUUGGAGUAAAGAACUGCAUUUAUUUAAAAUAAUUUUCAACUGGAGUUUAUUUUUUUUUUUUUCUCGUUCUAAAGGGAUUUGCGUCCCCACUUUUCUCAGACUGGGCGCUUGUUCUGAACUGACAAUGAGUGUUUGUGGCUGUUUUGUGAAAUCCUGGAGGUGCCUGCUUGUACUGUCUCUCAGACUGCUGUUUCUUGUACCUGCAGGAGUGCCCGUGCAGAGCGGGGACACCUCGCCUUUCAACAGAGUGAUGGACAAUCUCACUGUCAGACAGGGAGACAGCGUCUUGCUCAGAUGUGCAAUCGACAACCAAAUGAUGCGCACAGCCUGGCUCAACAGGUCCACCAUUUUGUUCGCUGGAAGGGAUAAGUGGACCCUAGAUGAGCGAGUGAGUCUGCAGACAUACAAUAACAGAGAGUACACCAUUAAGAUUAAUAAUGUGCAAGUUCAAGACGAAGGCCUAUAUACGUGUGCAGUGCAAACCAACUUGAACCCCAGGACCACCAAUGUCCAUCUAAUAGUUCAAGUUCCUCCCACAAUCGUGAAUAUAUCAUCGGACGUCUCGGUGAAUGAAGGUGCAAACGUCUCCAUUGUGUGUUUGGCUACCGGAAAGCCUGAACCAGUGGUGACAUGGAGACAUCUCUCACCAAUAGCUCCGGGUUUCCUGUCUGAGGAGGAGUAUUUGGAAAUCCCAGCAAUUACCAAGCAGAGCGCUGGUGUUUAUGAGUGCAGUGCUUCAAACGAAGUCUCAACAGACAUAAAAAAAGUACAAGUUAUAGUCAACUUCCCUCCCUAUAUCUCAAAUGCUAAGAAUUUGGGGGUCGCAGUGGGUCAGAAAGGGAUUUUGCGUUGUGAAGCAAUCGCUGUGCCAACCGCAGCUUUUGAGUGGUACAUAGAAGACAGAAGGAUCUUCAAUGGAUUAAAUGGGAUUCAGAUUCAGAACAAGGGCAGGCUGUCCAUGCUUACCUUUUUCAAUGUGUCUGAGGAGGAUUAUGGCAACUACACCUGCAAGGCAACGAACAAACUAGGGAACGUAACUACAAGCUUAAUACUGUAUGAAACAAAUGAGCCCACAAGCUCAACACUGGUGCAAGAGAAGACAACAUCUACAAAGUAUGCAAUACUGAGAGAUCUUGGAGCAGCGCAGGAUGGGAAGAGCAGUGGCACAGGAAUUCAUGCCUCGGCCUACCUGUUGAUGAUUCUCUGUGUGCAGCUCCUGCUCAAAUUUUGAUGCAGAACUAUCUCCGAGGGGCAGCGUCCGGUUUCUUUCUUUUCAGCACCACAGACUUUUGCACAAAGCAGGAGACCCAAUCUUCAAUUUUGAAAUUGCAAAAAUACAAUACGUUUUUUCUUUUUGUCAGUUUGAAAGUCUGUGUACAGAAGAUGACUGCCCUCUUUGUUGCUGCAAUCGAACGCCCCCAUUGUACCAUGGUCUAAAAAAAAAGGCUGUUAAUGUUUUUGUUUGUUUGAUUUUGUUUUUGAUUUUAUUGUUAACCACUGACAUCUGCAGUGGGCAGUAGUAUGUAGGAAAAAACGAAAGUUUUCUCCUCAAUAUUAUACAUGGUGGUAUUUUUAAGUGAUGAGUGCUAUAUUCCUUUUUAGUAAUAUGAUGAAAUAUUUUCAGAGUAUAGAUAUUGGAGAUAAAAAGUAUAUGAUAUAUUGUUGCUACUAAGUAAAUUUCCGUACUACAAGCAAUUGAAAAGGCAUAUGUAUUGCUUGUUUGGUACCUGUGUAAAACCGGCAAAACAUUAUACAUUUUAUCAAACUAACUAAUGCUGGCAACUCAGGGCUUAUGGUUUCAGAUCCAUUUUGCAUUUAUAUCAUCAAUUCAGUUUUCAAAAUAACAAUCUAGAUGUGGCUUUUUUUUAACAGUAACAUGUUAUUCACCAUCCGAAGCUACCGAAUUUCUAGAAAUCGGUUUCUGCAUAAUCUAUUUCUAUGUAAAAAAAAUAGAUAGAAUAACCUGUCUUCAGUUACUGUAUCGACUGAUAAAUGUACCCUCAUUGAUGUCAGCUGCUUCACUGUAUGCACAGUAGAUCAAUUACCUUUUGACCAGACACAUUUUAUUGUAAAUAAGGGAUACACAUUAUGAUUUGUUAACGUUUUCUUUGAUGUACAUUCUUAUUCAACAUUAUAAAGUAUAUGCCAGUGGACCAAAACAUUAACAUUGUGCUAAUUAUUAUUAUUUUUUUUUUUAGUAACCUGCAUGAUAAAUAUGUCCUGCAGUAAUGGAAUAUAAUAAACAAUGUUAUAGUUUUAAAAUGCGAGACCACAAUUUUAAGAUACAAUAAAGAAAUACAAAAAAAACAGAUCAAGGGAAACAUGUAAAACACCUUUAUCAAUAUCCCUACCAGAAUAAAACCCAUAAGCCAUGUGGAGCAAAGGGCCAUUGGUUCAGCUGUAAUUUCGUUUUAAAUUGAGGUGUUAAUCCUCACAAAGAUCACCACGGAUGACCACACCAAGGAGAAGGAAUAUUCCCCUUAGCAAUGUUCUUUAUCAACAGCUGCAGCACUGAUUGUCUUUGAUAAGAACAUACGCUCAUCAGCGCCAACGCUAAUGGCAAUAUGGCUGUCAAUGCUGCUGGUAUCUGCAGUUCAUUCUACUUCUGAACCUGAUAAUGUGUAACAUACGCCCGUUGUUCCCAUGCUGCCGAAACAGACGCGUAUCAAGUGCUGGAAUAUGCAGGGUGCUCUGGGUCACCUUUACAUUUGUCACCCAAACUGAUUAUUGUAUUUGAAACCUGGUAAAAUUAAAAAUGCAGUAAUUCAAUCCACAGUACUUUAUUAAACACUGUUCAGCAUUCCAUGAAACAACCUGUGUCUGUGGAAAUUUCAGCUUCAGUUUCAGCACCUCGGUUUUACUGGCUCAUUCAUUUGGCACCAUUUUCACUGAGGUGUCUGCAACCAUUGAAAUAAGACUUAGACGGCAGCAAAAGCAACAUGAGUUGCUAGGAUUGACCAAUAAAAUCAAGGGGCUUAUUGAAAUGUUGGGACUGAAACUGGGUUGGAAUACCAGCUCAUUUUAUCACCAUAUGCAAAAUAUACUGGGAAUAAUGUCUGUGCAGCGAUGCUGCACUGGAGUUUGUUGUUCAGAGAAUAUGGGCUUGUCCUGAUUUGGUCUGGACUUGACCUUUGUUGGUCCUGGAAUUAAACUCCAUCAUUUGCAUAUCUGUGUUUGAAUGAUUUUUAUCCAAGCCUGUUCUUUUUAUCUGUUGCUAAUCACAGACACCCCAAUACACACCUGCUGUAGACACAUGUGGGUACCCUUUUACAUUAAAAUCAGUGUCAGUGGGUGCAUAGCCCUUUCGGUGGAUUGUAAAUGUCAUCAUUGCAUGCUAGUAACAUGAAAUGUGCCCUAAAAGGAGCCUAGUGUCAUUUCAUGGUUGCACAGCAGUCGUGCAGAUCAGAAUGCUAGCCAUUACUUUGAUUUCGUAGCUGACAGUCACAAAUCGGUAUUCUUUACAUGUCACAAAAUCCAUACUGCAAAAUGGUAGAGGCCAGCAUUUAAUAUAAGCUUUUUUUUAGUAAACAGCAUUUUUUUUUUACUUCAAAGUAGCUGUUAUCUUUCCUGUAAUGACUGCCACAUCUUUCAUGUGUACAGUGUUUAGUAGUGCAUGUAACUAUCUUAAUGUCUCUUGAGACGGGCCGAUAUGGAGGUAUGUCCAACAACAACCAUCAGCUACAAAUGGGCUUGAACUUGUUGGUGUUUAUUUUUUUGCCAAAAAGACUGAGGGGGUAGAAGUACUAAGAUGGGCCCGUCGCAUGCGCAAACAUAUUGCAGUUUGCAUUUUCGUUGCGACAGUUCACAAGGUAUACAUUUUGUCGUCCGUACUAAGAGAAAAUACUUUAUUGAAGAGAGCCACAAUAUACUCAUUUAAAUAUAUGUUGCAUCCUCUUAGUGAGAUCUCUAGCACUGCAAGUCAUGUAACGAAUAAAUAGUGAAAGGCAGUUUAAUCCCAUCAGAUUCUAUAGUGGGGCCCCACCUUCACCCCC